AUGCACUCAAACUUUGUAAAAAAUUCAAAAGCAAACGGUUUGAUAGGAUUUAUGUGAAUAAUCUUAGUGAUGAAUCAUAUAUUGGUAUUAAAACUACGUUAACCGAAUUCCAGCCGCUUCUAAAUGUCAACAAUCCACAUGCGACUCUAAUUACGCUUUUCAAGGAUUGGUUGAAUUCUAUUCCAGAAUCUGAUCAAGGUAAAGCAAUGGAAGACGUUAUCUAUAAAAAGAUUGAUAAAUAUAAACGUAGAUGGGCACAUAAUUUUUCAUUACUUAAUGCUAAUAAUGUAAUGACCAACAUUUCUAAUUUCAUGAUUGAAGUUUCUAAUGAAGUUAAUGCAUUAUACGAUCAUGCUCAAGAAUUUGAAAAAUAUAUGGAAGCGAAGGGCGCGAAUGAAACUGCGAAAAAAGUCGGAUUACGUCGUCGAGCGAUUCAUAGAAUUGUACCUAAGAGAAUUGGUGUCAGUAUGAAAGAAGAUGAACAAAACAAUGUGCUAUCGCUUGAAGAUGAUAGAGAUAGACAUUUACGGUUUGAUGUCGGAAUGCACACAUUUUUAGAACGUUAUGCUGAAUGGGAGAUU